AUGUUGAUGGAGAAUUUCUUACGGUCCAAAGAGUACUGGACCAUUGUUGAAGCAGGAGUGAAUGAACCAGCUACUGGAGUUGUCUUGUCAGAAGUUGACCAAAAGAAGCUAGAGGAACGAAAAUUGAAGGAUCUCAAGGCAAAGAAUUAUUUAUUUCAAGCCAUUGAUCGUACCAUCUUGGAGACCAUUUCGCAAAAGGAUACAUGCAAGCAAAUUUGGGACUCCAUGAAGAAAAAGUAUCAAGACACAACGAGGGUGAAAAGACAGCAGCUCCAAGCUCUUCGCAAAGAGUUCGAGAUUCUUAAAAUGAAGCAAAGUGAGUCCGUGGAUGGGGAGAGGAUCAAUAGAGGACGUGGUCGAGGUCGUGGAAGGUGGCAAGGAAGAAGACGAGGUGGUGGACAUGAUCCAUACAAGAAAACAUCCAACAACAACUCGAGACUUGAUAAGUCCAACAUUCAAUAUUAUCGUUGCCAUAAGUUUGUUCAUUACAAGUCUGAAUGCACAACCAACUUCAACCAUGAAAAAAGAGAGCAAUCCAAUUUUAUUGAGGAAAAGGAGCAAGAAACUCUAUUGAUGACGUGCCACCACAACAAGGAGCUUGGAACUAACAUAUGGUAUAUAGACACUGUUUGCAGCAAUCAUAUGUGUGGUAACAAGCCUCUCUUUUCUCAUUUGGAUGAAAGUUAUCAUUCUACUGUGACAUUUGGUAAUAAUUCUAAAGUAAAUGUUGUGGGUAAAAGAAAUAUUCAAAUUAAGAUCAAAAAAGGCAAUGUUGAACCCAUAUCAAAUGUGUUUUAUAUUCCUAAUUUGAGAAGCAAUUUACUGAGUGUUGGACAGCUACAAGAGAAGGGUUAUGUCACAACUAUCAAAUAA